CGUCCGCCUCGGGCUCUGACUGGGGAAAGGUUUUGGGUUUUGGAACGACGGCCCUCGCCGGAGGAGCAAAUAGGCGGGCCCGAGGAAUCUCCGGUAUAUCCAACGGUUUUCGCUCCUGAUCUGGCGGGUUCGGAUGGACGCCUUGAAGGGCCUGCUGAAGCCGCGGCCGACGCCGCAGCAGUUGCUGCGUGAGUGGCAGCGCCGCCUCCGGAACGAGCGCCUCGUCCUCGACCGCCGCAUCCGUGAGGUGCAACGGGAGGAGAAGAAGGUGGAGAAAGCGAUCAGGGAGGCUGCCAAGCGCAACGACCUAGCAUCGGCCAAGAUUCUCGCCAAGGAACUGGUGAGAUCAAGACAUGGUGUAAACCGUCUUCAUGAAAACAAGGCACAACUGAAUUCGGUAUCAAUGCGUCUUGGAGAAGUUAUUGGGACUGAAAGGAUGGUUGGUUGUCUGUCGAAGAGUGCUGAAGUUAUGCAAAUUAUUAGCAUACUAAUGAAAGCCCCAGCAUUGGCAGCCACGAUGGAACAAUUCACCAAAGAAAUGAUAAAGGCAGAGGUGAUGGAAGAGAUGACGAGUGACAUGAUUGAUUCGGCUUUGGACUUUGAGGACAUGGAGGAUGAAAUUGAAGAGGAGGUUGACAAGGUUCUUGCUGAAUUAGCAGCUGAGACUUCCUCACAGCUACCAGCAGCAGCCAGGGCGCAGGGGAUAAAGCAAGUCUCAGUGGGCAGGGCUCAAGGAGAGCAACAAGCUGUUGCUAAGGGCGCCAACGACGAAGAGGAAGAUCUAAAACUAAAAGAGAUCUGAUCACGGCUUGCCAAUGUGAGGUCAUCAGGUCUGACAAUUGAGCCCCGAAUUUAAUAAGUAACUCAAUUUAUUGAUGUCUCUUGCGGGACAACACACCCUUGCAUACUUAUACGUGGGGGCUUGUGAUGUACGGAGAUAUUUUUUCUCACCCAUUCAUGCUUGAGGUAUUGAAUACAUUGUAGUGCAAUUGGCGAGCUGUAUGAUAAAGAUCAAAUGGCUCGUUUGCUUUUUGUACUUGUAUAUAAUCAAAUAUAUUAUUCACUCGUUCGUUUCCAGACACCUAUGUAAG